UUUGUGUUGACAGAAUAGUGUGUAUAACAUGCUGGAGAGUGAUACAUUGUUCCACCACACUCAUGAGAUGACCCUGGAUGAAGAGCGACUACUAACCUUUCGUCGACUCAAGAAACUCUUAGCAACACAAUACACAGAUCCUACACAUAUUCUGAGUGAUUAUAGAAGGGUAGCAGCACUGGUUACCACAGUUGGUGGGUACGACUUUUCACUGUCAGCCAGAAUGGGGCUCUUGAGAGACUUCAUAAUUUCUGGUAUCCUUGGACUUGGAACCAAACGUCAUUAUGGGUAUAUAGAUGCUCUCAACAACUUAAAGAUUGGUGGAUGUUUCUGCCUAACAGAAAUAUCUCAUGGGACUAAUUCCCGUGGCAUGAGGACAGAGGCUCGAUAUGAUCCUAACACCCAAAGCUUCAUACUUCAUACCCCAGAUUUUGAGGCAGCUAAAUGCUGGUCUGGGAACCUGGGUAAAACAGCAAGCCAUGCUCUUGUGUUUGCCCAGUUAUAUACCCCUGAUGGAGUGUGUCAAGGUCUUCACUCUUUCAUUGUUCCCAUAAGAGAUCCUCAGACACUGCUGCCAUACCCAGGGAUCACCAUCAUUGAUAUGGGGCAUAAGAUUGGCCUAAAUGGCAUUGACAAUGGAAUAAUGAUGUUUGAACACUACGCAAUUCCUCGAGAGAAUCUUCUGAAUCGUACUGGUGAUGUGUCUCCUGAAGGCAUCUAUAAGACACCAUACAAAGACCCCAACAAGAGAUUUGAGUUGAGCAAUCACUUUAAACCUGAAGAAGUCUUGAAAGCUCAGCUGAAAGCCAAAUACAAGUUACUGGAAGCCAGGCUGGGGCAGGAAAACCCUGCACCUCCUCCUUCAAGUUAUCAACAUGACACACAAGAUCAAACACUAAGUACAGCCCCCACAGGAAGAGAAAAUUUACCACCAGAACAAUGUGAGCGCAGUGCUGAUGUCUUCACAAGGUUAAGCAAAACUGGAGAUAAGAAAUCCACCAAACACCUGGAAACUACAAAGAAAGCUGGGGCAGUAAAACCUUCAUCCCUUCACCGAGGGAUUGGAGAGUCCAGUCUUCGUAUUCGUCAAGUUACACGACUGGUUGCUCAGAUAUCUAAUAGUGUGAAAGAAUUAGAAAGUCUUCAAAAGCAAAUUCAUACACAAAGAAAUUUUAUAACACCGUUUGAUAAUGAAUUAAAGAAAAGACGCUGGGAAGAAUUUCUUCAUUCUGCUGGGCGUUCAUUAUUUUCCUUGAAACGAGAGAUAUCUCUACUGGAAAGAAAGUCUUAUAUAGAAGACAAAAAUGGCAGCAGAUACCUGAGAAUGCUAGCUGUAUCCACACGAACACUUCAUCGAAUUCUCUUGCAAUGGAGACUGUUCCCAUAUAUAGCAGCAACAUAUGCACUGGAUAACUUCACCAAAACGUUCUACAGCUUGUUUGUCAAGUUUCGUAUGGAAAUGGUUGAUGCUUCUGACAAAGGCAGAGUUGCUCUGUAUGGCCAAGAAGUACAUGGAUUGUCAUCUGCUGGAAAGCCCAUAUCUAGCUGGAUAGCACGAGAUGGUAUACAGGAGUGCCGGGAAGCAUGUGGUGGUCAUGGCUACCUGAGGUGUUCUGGACUGAUUUACCUGCGUAAUGACAAUGAUGCUAGUUGCACUUACGAGGGUGAUAAUAAUGUUUUACUACAGCAGACUAGCAAUUGGCUCCUAGGUGUAUGGAAGUCUCACUCAGAGAAGUCUGUAGCUCAUCCCAUGGGCACUGUUGACUACUUUGAUCAAGGGCAACACAUUCUAGGGCAGUCAUGGAUGACUUCCCCAAUUAAUGAAUCUUCUACCAAUCAGGAUGUGAUAAAUGUGUGUAAGAAGUGUUUACGUUGGCUAGUGUGCUGGUUAUGUGAAAGAACCAGUGCCAAGUUCAGGGCACAGAUUGCUGCUGGUGAGGAUUCAUUCACUGCUCGGAACAACACACAGGUUUACCUCGCACGAAACCUCUCACUGGCUUAUGUUACCCAAGUGAUACUUGCAUGGUUUGAGGAAUCAAUCCAUGAAGCAGAAGUGGAGCUACAGCCUGUCCUCUACCGCCUCUGUGCAUUAUUUGGCCUUGUACAUGUUGAAGGACACAUUCCACAACUUGUUGAAGGAGGUCUUAUUCAAGAUGGACGUUUCAUCUCAGUUGUUCAUCAGCGUAUAAGGUGCUUGUGUAAUGAUCUGCUUCCUGAUGCUGUGGCACUUGUUGAUGCAUUUGCACCACCAGACUUCAUCCUACGCUCAGUGCUUGGAAAUGCUGAUGGAAAGGUUUACCAGCACCUGAAGAGAGAAAUGAUCAGUGCCCCGGGUGCCACAGAGAGGGACGAGCACUGGCAGGAGAUGAGCUACAACACUCCAGCAUCCAAACUCUAGACAAAGUACUGCACUAGGGUAUUAUAACUAGAAUUUGCAGUGGAUUUGGUAUUUUUGUGAAUAUUAAUCAACAUUUAAAAAAGUUUUCUAAAAUAGAAAAUAUUUCACCAGAACUAUAAAGUUUGAUGCAGUCUUACAGAAUUAUGCAGGUGUGAAAUUGAAAAUUAGGGAGCAUUUUAUGCAGCAGCAAUUUUUUUUUCCAUUUUGAGGCCUAUUCCAGUGCUCAAAACAUUUAAUUCCUAGCUAUUUCAGUAGUAUCCAUCUGUACUAAUUCUAAAUCACAAGAAAUUGUCCAUUAAACCAUCAGAUCUAUCCCAUUAAAACUCCCAAAAAUUGGUUUGGAUGAUUUUACACUAUAUUUAACAAAUUCCAAAACACUGUAGGCAUUCGUCACUAAAGCAACAUUAUUUCUAUUCAACAUCCUUUCAAUUUUGACACCAUUGUAAUUGUCAUAUUGCCAGAAUGUCCUAUAACCUGUGCCCUAAGUAGAGAAAAUUCUGGAAUGUGUAAUACGUGUUCAGCAAGCCGGCUGAUUGACUUUGGCUGUCUCUGUCUAUCUCUGCUUUUAUCUCACAGGUACACAUAAAUACAGUUAUCAUACAUUUUGUAAAUUACCUAGGAUAACCCCAAAAAUCCAGACAAAGUGCUACACUGUGCUUGUAGAUAUAAGGCAUAAUGUGUAUGACACAAGUAAUAUACAUUUUCACUUGUUCAGGAAUCAGACGUGACAACUCUACAUAAUGUGUAAUACCUAUUGGUUCAUGAGUGGUUCUCACUGAGAUAGAGAGAGACAAACAGAAAGACAGAUAAACAGAGGCAGAGCUAGACAGACAGACAUAUUUAUGUGUAACAGUGAGAGCAAGUAAAGCCAAGGUUCACUAGAGCAGUUCACAAUCAGCAGUAUUAGAGUGACUGCACCAUUAGCAGUGUGGAGUGACAUCUUACACCAUGCUUCAAGGAAUUUCAUAUACUCCAGCAUGUUGAAAACAUUACAGGGACCUAUAAAUAUUUUGUAUAUAUUUCUAGACAAUAGUAUGUGACCAAGGCAGGUGAAAAUGCUCACCUGUCAGUGUGUUUGUGACUAUUUGAUUAAUAUUUCAGUACCUAAUAUUAGUGUCAGAACACAGAUUGGCUAUAAAAUCACAAGAACUACUAUAAAUUGUAAUUAUCAGGACAUAAUUUUUUUUAACAAAUUGGCCGUUUCCCACGGAAGCAGGGUGACCCAAAAAGAAAGAAAAAAAACUUUCAUCAUUAUUCAACACUUUCACCACCACUCAUACACAAUCACUCAGAUACGACAGCUUAGACAUCCCGCCAUAAAAAUUAUGUAAAUUAAAAAAAAAAAAAAAAGGUAUAUUGGCAACACUGCUGAAAGCAGCAGGACUCCAUGUUGCCAUCAGGUGAGCAUCCAGCGCCAUCCUCACGGCCUUUUUAUCUCAGUAAGUACUGGCCCUAUAAUUUUUUUGUCUUAUUAUACACAGAAAAUUGCCCUCUUUAUUUAAAAAAAAAAUUUAGCAGUGAAAACAUAGAUCUACAUUUGGACAGUUAAAGGAUUAAGCCAUACACACAGUCAGUUUUGUUUUUCCCAUCAUGCACCCUGUAGAGCAUUUUUUUUUUUUAUAUGGUCCACACUUACUGCACAGACCCAUUCUCUCAUCUCUGUGCCAGAAUGUACCACUCACAGCUUAUGAUGUAGAACUAUGUCAGGGACCCUGACCUCAGUGACAUGGAUCUCUGUGACGGACAGCACAAUGGUUAAUCACACCCCUGGGCCUCUCCUAUAUAAUGCUUGCCCUUGGUUUUAAAUUCAUCAUUGAACAAAAAUUUGACGGUUUUUCCCCAUUUCUUAGCUAAUAAAUUAUAACUUAGAAUGCUUGAUCAUGGUUAGCCCAUUCUAAUAAUUGAAGCAAACCUAGUAAAAACCCAUAAUACAGAAUAGGAUGGGGCAACAGGGCCUCCCUACCUACAUCUUUCCCAGGAAAAUCACCAAAUAUUUACCAUUUCCACAACUCUUGAGGCUUAUUUCAGAGGUUGUUGAGGUGGUUCAGACAUUUAGAGAGGAUGGAACAAACUAGAAUGACUUUGAGAGCGUAUAAAUCUGCAGUGGACGGAAGACAGGGUAGGAGUCAGCCUAGGAAAGGUUGGAGGGAGGGGGUAAAGGAGGUUUUAUGUGUGAGGGGCUUGGACUUCCAGCAAGCAUGUUAGGAGUGGAGACAAAUGGUUUUUAGGACUUGACCUGCUGUUGGAGUGUGAAGAAGGUAACAUUUAUUCAGGGAAACUGGCAGGCUGGACUUGAAUCCUGGAGGUAGAAAGUGCAGUACCUGCACUCUGAAGGAGGGGUGUUAAUGUUGCGUUUUUUAACUAGUUUGAGUGUGCCUCUGGCAAGACAGUGAUGGAGUGAAUGAUGAAAGUUUUUUUUUUGGGGGCCACCCUGCCUUAGUGGGAAACAACCGAUGUGUUAAUAAAUAAAUAUGUAUCUGUUGACACUGAAAAUUACCCUAGAAAAUGACCCUAAAGUAUUUUAACCCAGACACACAAUGCACUACAUGGGGCAUAAUCUUUUUUUUUAUUACAUACACCACCACACUGAUCUAUUCUCUUAUGUCCAUGCCAAAAUUUACUGCUCAGCAAAUUUGAAGGUGUUAUGAUUUAAGCAUAGAUCUACAUAAGCAACAAUGACACCAGUAACAUAGAUCUUUGUGAGUCAUAUUGAAAGAGUUAAGGCACUGUUCAACCCUUAACACAUUGCUAUGAAUAUGUUAACCCUUAAAUGGUCCAAACAUACAUAUACGUUUUUUCAAAAUGUACAUCAUUUUUUUUUUUUUACAUUUGAAAAUGUGUAAAAAACUUUUACCUACAUUUUUUUUUUUAUAUUUGAAAAUAUGUAAAAAACAUAGAUCUACUUUUGGAGCACUACGGAUUUGAACGUCGAUCUAUUUGAACCGUUUAAGGGUUAACUAAGGUAGAAUAUUUGUGUUCAAUGUGGUUUUUGUUCUGGAUGCACCCAAGAUGAAAUCUCUGUGUGGUGGAUACAUAUGCAUAGAUUUCAGUACUACAAAAAUAUCUUUUUACUUAUACUUGAUGAUAUUGAUGAUUUCGUGGCUGAUGGUACAUAAAUGAGCCUCUUGUAACAUGUAACAUUUAAGGAUUCUUUCUGAGACUUUGCAGAUUCUACAUUCUUGACUAAUGAUUCCCACACAUGCACCAAAGGGUCAUAUAUAGAAAAAAAAAUGAAUUUGGAUGAAAAACUGAGAAAAUAAUAUAAUCAAAAUUAAUCAAACAGGGGGUGUGCAGUCCCAUUCCUUGUUCACUGGCUAAACUUGUCCAGGACAGGCUACCAGUCCAGGGCUGAGGCCACCUUCCUAGCUUAUUCCUCUCCUCCUUCCCAUUCUUGCCCACCAAUCAAUGAGACCAGUUUUGAGAACUUUUCUACUCCUACAGCCCAACUGUGGUCCUGCAUAAACAUUAAUAAAUCUACAGUUCUUGAACAUUUUCUGCUAAAAAAAUAUGAGAUCUUAUUAUGUGCAUAAUGUGAACAUAUACAAGUAUGAACACAUUUUGUAUAAAAAAAAAAAAAAAAACAGAAAAAUAUAUUGCAUUCUUAAUAAUAAGGAAUAAGUGUACAGUUCAUGAAAAAAUAUACAUGCAAGAUUAAUCAACACAGUGAUAUUUAAAAAAAUAUUUAAAAAAAAUCAAGUGGUGCACUGGGGUUGGGUAAUAACAUUUAAAUAAAAUUUUUCACUUGGUGACCAUCCACACAAAAACAAAUUUUUACUACAUAUAUAUAAUGAAUUCCAGAUAGAAACAGGGUUUGCUGCAUAUAGACGUAUUUUCAUAAAGUGAGGGGGAAAUCUGCAUCCAGUAGCUACAAUUACACCACAUAAUACAGUGGAACCUUGGUACUCAAACAGCUCCGUACUCAAACAAUUCGGUAUUCGAACACUUUUUUUCCGUGAACAAAUCGGUCAGUAGUUGACUGUUUGCUUUGCACUCGACCAAACAAACAUGACCUGCCAGAACUUCUCUGUAAACUAUUUCAUGUUUUGCAUUUUUUGGUGUUUUUUUAUAUUUGUAUAAAUAAGUCAUCAUGGGGCCCAAGAGGGUUAGUGAUAACAGCCAACCAAAAAGAAAAUUGGUUGGGAAAAAUUAAUUUUCUACUCGAACAGCCUUCUGGAACCAAUUAAGUUCAAGUGCCGAUUAUUAUUAUUAUAAUCAAGGGGGAAGCACUAAACCCGUAGGAUUAUACAGCGCCUAUGGGGGGAUGGAAGGCAUUCAGGCUUAAUUCAGGGAACUGGCACACAGAUCCAACUGGAGCACAGAUCCAAUUCCCUAGAUCAAGAGCCCCUCACCGGCGUCAAGGAGCCUUCCUUGAGGGGUUCAAGUGCCGAGGUUCCACUGUAUUUACAUAUAGAAAAACUGACAAAAUUGAGUACCUACCGAAUUAAUGGUUUCUUAUUACACUAUUCCUUGGCCAUGAAAUAUGUAUGAUAAUUUUUUUUAGGUACAUUAGAUAUUACAGUUUUGGGAUAGAUUGUAUGCACAUAUUUUUCAUUAUAAAUAUUCUAUUUUAUAAUAAUGGAGUGUGUGCAGGGUAACAUUUAGUGAAGGGAUUCAGGGAAACCGGUUAUUUUUAUAUAGCUAGACUUAAGUACUGGAAAUGGGAAAUACAAUGCCUGCACUUUAAAGGAGGGGUUUGGGAUAUUGGCAGUUUGGAUGGGGUAUGUUAUGUAUCUUUAUAUAUGCUGCUAAACUGUUGUAUCUGGGUUCCUCUGCAAAAACUGUGAUUAUGCAUGAGUGAGAUGAAAGUAUUUUCUUUCCUUUUGGGUCACCUUGCUUCAGUGGGAGAUGGCCGACUUGUUGGGAAAAAAAAAUAUGUAAUUAAUUUUAAAAGUUCAUAAUUGAUAUAAUAUUGGGUUAGCAGAUUGGUAUUGUAUAAUUUAACAAGCCUAAACUACUUAUUGAGAUAUAGAUGGAGUUGUAGAAAUUAGAGAUUACUUUAAUACAAUUAAGGCAUUAAAAUAUAAUGAGAAUUGUUGUAUUACCAAUUUAAAUAGUUAAAUUUAUAUAAAUAUUCAUAAUUAGAUCAGAAUUAAAUAUAGUACAAACUGAUAUGAGGGUCAACCUUUAUGAAAUGAAUUUAAUAAUAUAGGAACCAUCAUGAAAGCUUAAAAAGUAAAAUUAGGAAGACAGUUUCUAAGGGAAAACUCAAAAAUCGGAAAGAAUUGUAUAGCAAUUGUUCAUUUACUAUUCAGAAGACCUGUUAAAGCAUAUUUUUAAAUGUAAUAUUAACACAAAUAUAAAGAAUAUAUUGUACA